AAGUUUGUAAACGUGUGUGGUCUCAAAUUUUUCACGACCUGCUGUGCUGUGCUGGUGUACAAAACAGUGUUGUGCUGAAUAAAGGCUGGAAAAAUAAGUGUAGAACCAAUCAGGUGGGACUGCGGUAGGCUUGCUUUGGAUGACCAUUUUCCUGAUCGAGCCAAUUUGUUCCGAAGCGAGCAACAGAUAAGGCCCAUCAGCUGUCUCCAGUGCAGAAGAUGGAUUGCUGCUGAGUGGAUUGCAAAGUUCGAACGAUACACCGAAAAUUGAAAAGUUGUGAUUCACGCGCAGAGUGUGCGGACAGACAACAGCUCAUCGAUAUCUCACGUCCCGGUUUCCCUAAUUGGGAACUGUCGAUCUCGAGGUUGUUUAUAUUUUUUCAAUUUAAUUUUGUGCCUCAACGAAAAGUGAACGAAGACCCUCUCGAAGAAUAGUUUACGAUCCAAGGCAUGAAUUUGGGAAGUUCCGGUGGAACGAGCACGUCCGGUCAUUCCAGCAGCUACACGGGCGCCGGUAGCGGUAGUUCUGUGGCAGGCGGUAGCAGCGGCAGUAACAGCGACAUGCCUGCGGAAAUCCGUCCCAAGGUGGUCACGGUCAAACAUCCGGAAUCGAACAAACCCAAACCCACCACCAAGAAGGGCAAGGCCAUCCAAGCCGACGUCGAUGUAAUUAAAGAAUUUCAACGCUGCAAAGAAGAGGGCAUCCAGAGACUUGAUCUAAGCAAAUCUUCCAUUACGAUUAUUCCACCCUCAGUGAAGGAUUGCACAAGUCUCGUGGAGUUCUAUCUGUAUGGCAACAAAAUAAGCUGCCUUCCUGGGGAGAUUGGCAAUUUGUCCAAUCUGAAAACGUUGGCAUUGAAUGAAAACUCUCUAACAUCGUUGCCCGAUUCCCUGCAGAACCUUAAGCAACUGAAAGUCCUAGAUUUGCGACACAACAAGCUUUCAGAAAUCCCCGAUGUCAUCUACAAACUACACACCCUGACCACGCUGUACUUGCGCUUCAACCGGAUCAAGGUUGUGGGAGACAAUCUGAAAAAUCUUAGCAAUCUGACGAUGCUCAGCUUGCGGGAGAACAAAAUCCACGAACUACCGUCGGCGAUUGGCCAUCUGGUAAACCUGACGACGCUGGACCUUUCCCACAACCAUCUGAAACACCUGCCGUUGGAGAUUGGCACCUGCGUCAACCUGACGGCACUGGAUCUGCAGCACAACGAUCUGCUGGAUAUUCCGGAGACGAUAGGCAAUCUGGCGAAUCUGAUGCGGCUUGGACUGAGAUACAAUCAACUGACAUCGAUUCCGGUUUCGCUCAAAAAUUGCAUCCACAUGGACGAGUUCAACGUCGAGGGUAACGGCAUCAGUCAACUGCCGGACGGCUUGCUGGCCAGCCUCAGUAACCUGACCACCAUCACCCUGUCGCGCAAUGCGUUCCACAGCUAUCCAUCCGGUGGCCCCGCCCAGUUUACCAACGUUACCAGUAUCAACAUGGAACACAACCAGAUCGACAAGAUCCAGUACGGAAUCUUCUCACGAGCCAAGGGACUCACCAAGCUGAACAUGAAGGAGAACGCCCUGACUUCCUUGCCACUCGAUAUCGGCACCUGGACGCAGAUGGUUGAGCUCAACUUUGGAACCAACUCGCUCACCAAGCUCCCGGAUGACAUUCACUGCCUGCAAAAUCUGGAAAUCCUUAUUCUGUCCAACAACGUGCUGAAGCGCAUCCCCAACACGAUCGGUAACCUCAAGAAGCUGCGAGUGCUGGACUUGGAGGAGAACCGACUGGAGUCGCUACCUUCGGAGAUCGGUCUUCUGCAUGACCUUCAGAAGUUGAUCCUACAAUCCAACCAGCUGACUUCGCUCCCCCGCACAAUCGGCCAUCUGACGAACCUAACGUACCUCUCCGUCGGUGAGAACAACCUCCAGUUCCUGCCGGAAGAGAUCGGAACGCUGGAAAAUCUCGAAUCCCUCUACAUCAACGACAAUGCCUCGCUGGUAAAGCUCCCCUACGAGCUGGCACUAUGCCAAAACCUGGCCAUUAUGAGCAUCGAAAACUGUCCCCUGUCGGCGCUGCCACCGGAAGUGGUCAGCGGCGGACCAAGUCUGGUGAUACAAUACCUAAAACUGCACUCGCCCUACCGACAGAUGUGAUUUGUUCCUGCCGCGUAAGGAGAGGAAUUGUGUAUACAUUUGGUUGUUUUCUCUGCGAUUUGGUUGGUUGGUUAGUUGGUUGGAGAAUUCGGGGUGUGGAAGCCCGGAUGGAAAUUUGUUUGGUCUCGCGCAUCGUGCGGACAAGAAAGGAAAGAAGAAGAAGAAGAAGAGUUGCAUGCAAAGCAUGUGAGAAAAGCCCCACCGGCGAGCCGGCUUACAAGCACGUGGGUGGGAAGAAACACGAACGAAAUUGUGUUUUUGUAUUGUUUUAGUUUUCGAACGAAGCAGAAAAGUUAGUAAAAAACAACAAAUCAAUGUGAUUAAAAUAAAGCUUUAAUAAUAUUGCUAUUUAAGGAAAGGCAAAUAAGCAAAACACACUAACAAAAUGUUGAAAAAGCGAACAAACAAAAAAAUCGACGUUGUAUAUUGAGCAAACAAAAAAAAAAAGAAACGUUAAAUUUAA